AUGGGUUCGCUUGCAACAUUGCUGCCUACUGCCCACAAUGCAAGUCCGGCCGACCCUAUCAUAGAUAACGCCCCAGACGAGCUUAACGAUCUCUCGUACCUCGUCGAGGUCCUGCGCUCCGUCGAGACCGAGCAAAACAUCGAGCAAGACUUAACCACCAGGGCAGCCGCCCUGGGUAUAUCCAUUCAGGCCCCGCCCUCGCCAACGGGAGACACCAGCAGCCCUGGCCCCGAGUCCGACGCCACCCUGUCUUCCACUCAUGCUCGCAACACCUCCUCCGGCUCAGACAAGACCACAGGCACCGCCAUGACGUCAAAUCCACCAUCGCGGCCGGAUACCGGUGCAGCACAACGCGAUAGUGCACCUCCUCUCCCAAGUUCGAGGGCAAGGUCGCGAAGCCUUAACUUCUCGACGUACGACAAAUACCUGGCGCAGUUGGAACCCAACUUAUGCCAGCCAAAAAUCCUCAAACGACCACCUACGCCUACCGACAACGCCCCAAGCCUAUUCAGCUCUACUGCGCCAAGUACCACUCUAUCCUGCAUAUGCUGUCGUGACGACUUCAACAAGCAAAAUGAUCUCCAGACCCUGCCGUGCGGCCACACCUACUGCGGAAACUGCCUGCGGAUAAUGAUCGAGCAGUCCACGACCGACGAGUCCAAGAUGCCGCCCCGAUGCUGCACACAACCCAUCCCAGCCAUAACGAUACGAAGUCUUCUGACCCGCGACGAACAGCAACUAUUCCUCAAGGCUGUGCAGCAGUACAGCACGCCCUGGGAGGCCCGAAUCUUCUGUCCCAAUCCAUGUUGCAACGAGUUCAUUCCACCACGGAGCCGCAUCGACCCCAAGCACCCCUUCGACGUGGUCUGCCGGGAAUGCCGGACCAGAGUGUGUAUCUGGUGCAAGAGGGAUGCACAUCCCGUGGGGCAGGACUGCCCCAACGAUCAUGAGCUGGACCAAGUGCUGCGAAUGGCCGUAGGGUGCCCGAACUUUUGCAACGGCGAGGAGGAGCUUGAGCGGCGAAGGAUGGAAGAGGCCGCACGAGAAGCAGAGCUCGAGGCUGAGAAGGCGGCCCAGGAAGCUGCGGCUGCUGCGGCAGAGGUGGAGCGCCAGCAGGCAGAGACGAGGACACAGGCCUGUGAGGAGUUCAAGAAGUUGAAAGAGGAGCAGGAGGAGGAGAAAUGGCGGUUUCGAACGUUUGAAAGGAAGACUAAGUGGAUCAUGUGGACGCGGCAUGAAGAGCGAAAACACAAGCUCAAUGAGAAGUACUCGGAUCAAAUCGACAAGAUGAAGGAGCGUCACGCAAAGACCGAGCAACACCUCGAGGAGCGCCAAAUUGCCGCUGAGAUCGAACUCCGUGCGUCGCUGGAACAGGCAGAGAAGAGCGUGCGCAUCCGCGUCAAACACAUGGAGGCAUACUGCAAGGCCUUAGGCCGGUCGUCGAUAGGCGGAUCCGGCAGCGACAUGCCCCCGCGUGUCAUCACCGAGAGGCACCUGCGGGAGUUAGGACAGCAACAUAACGCACUCGAGGGCAUGGCUAGGUUGCAUCAGGCAAAGAUCAAUGUGCUCCGGGAUCGUCAGGCCAAGCGCAUGGAGGAACUGCUCGAGCGUCAGGAAGCCGAACUUCAGAAGCAGCGGGAGAAGCGUGAUCAGGAGAUGGAGGACCUCGUCGCGGAGCUCGCCAAUGAGGAGGACGCUCUGACGAAGGUGUUCAAGGAUCGCAGGGAGCGGUUGGUCAGGCGGUGGGAACUCGCCAUCGAAAUACUACGGGUCACGAAAGAGAAGGAGAAAGGUACCAAAUUUGCCCCGAUACCCGUCCCAGCUUGGCCGGCCGAGGCACCGCCCUGCAUCGACGGCCCAGGUCCUGAGGACGAUGGCUUAGCUGUGGUCAAAGAGGAGGACGAGAAGCGAGGGGGGGACUGA